AAAGCCGCCAUUUUGGAAGGUAUAGACGACUUGUAACUUGACGUGUCUAAGAUUAAAAAGUGUAUGAAACUUUGUGAUAUUUAAUUUUAAUGGAUUUUAUGUGAAUAAUUGUGUUGAGUUUUCAUUAAAUAAUUAGUGUUUUAUUUGAAACUAAUGGUGUCGAUUAAACUAAAUGAAUUAGUGUAUCAAAAGUGUUUUUUCACUCAAUUGUGAUUUAUACCUUAUAUUACGGACUUGUAGGGUUGGGCUGUACAACGGCAUAGCUUAUAGCGACCGGUCUGUUGAAAUCAGACCGUCUGAAGGUUAUUGAAGGAGGGUGGUCCAAGGAUUGGCUGAGUAACUAGAUAGCCAUUGCAUUAUGAAUGAGCUAGACGCUCUUAGACAAGAAGCAGAAACCCUCAAAAAUGCCAUUCGAGAUGCUAGAAAGGCGGCUUGCGAUACAUCGCUUGUACAAGCCACGGCCUCUUUGGAACCAAUUGGCAGAGUGCAGAUGCGAACACGAAGAACACUUCGUGGACAUCUUGCCAAAAUCUAUGCGAUGCACUGGGGAACUGAUUCUAGGAAUUUGGUGAGUGCUUCACAAGAUGGUAAAUUGAUUGUAUGGGAUUCACAUACGACGAAUAAAGUACACGCAAUCCCAUUGCGUUCCAGUUGGGUAAUGACAUGUGCAUAUGCCCCAUCUGGUAGUUAUGUUGCAUGCGGUGGUUUGGAUAACAUUUGUUCGAUAUAUAGCUUGAAAACGCGUGAAGGCAAUGUACGUGUAUUUCGUGAAUUACCAGGACAUACCGGCUAUCUUAGUUGCUGCCGAUUCUUGGACGAUAAUCAAAUUGUUACCAGCUCUGGUGACAUGUCUUGCGCGCUGUGGGAUAUUGAGACAGGGCAACAAUGCACAUCAUUUGUUGGACACACUGGUGAUGUAAUGUCAUUAUCAUUAUCACCAGAUAUGCGUUGUUUUGUAUCUGGGGCUUGUGAUGCCUCUGCCAAAUUAUGGGAUGUUAGAGAUGGUGCUUGUAAACAAACAUUUCCUGGUCAUGAAUCUGAUAUCAAUGCUGUUACUUUCUUCCCUCAUGGUUUUGCAUUUGCGACAGGAAGUGAUGAUGCCACCUGUAGAUUAUUUGAUGUACGCGCUGAUCAAGAACUUGCCAUGUACUCACAUGAUAACAUUAUUUGCGGUAUAACAUCUGUUGCAUUUAGUAAAAGUGGUCGUUUGCUUUUGGCUGGUUAUGAUGAUUUCAAUUGCAAUGUUUGGGAUUCAAUGAAAACAGAACGAGCAGGUAUUCUUGCCGGGCACGACAAUCGCGUAUCUUGUCUUGGUGUCACGGAAAACGGCAUGGCCGUUGGUACAGGAUCUUGGGAUUCCUUCUUGCGUAUCUGGAACUAAAUUAUUUAUAUAUACAUUAUGGUAUAUAAGGUUAUAUAUUUGAACACUUUUACAACUAUUUCAUAUAAUUAUUAAAUA